GGCGGCGGUUGGGGGCGCCUGCUCCUCCCUGCGCGAGCUGGCGGCGCCGAGCCCCCUGUGCGCCGCGGCACAUGGGGCGCCUGACUGAGGCGGCGGUAGCGGACAGCCGAGCUUCAGCUGCGAGCUCUGCAGGGUCCCCGCCCACUCCCCUUCCCCUCUCGGCCACCUACCCCAGCUGCACGGCCACCAUGGCGUCCAGCGAGGAGGACGGCACCAACGGCGGCGCCUCGGAGACCGGCGAGGAGAGGGAGGCCCCUAGCAAGAGAAGGCGCCUAGGCUGGGCGGCUACCGCCUGGCUCACCUUCUACAACAUUGCCAUGACCGCGGGGUGGUUGGUUCUAGCUAUUGCCAUGGUACGUUUUUAUAUGGAAAAAGGAACACACAAAGGUUUAUAUAAAAGUAUUCAGAAGACACUUAAAUUUUUCCAGACAUUUGCCUUGCUUGAGGUAGUCCACUGUUUAAUUGGAAUUGUACCUACUUCUGUGAUUGUGGCUGGGGUCCAAGUGAGUUCCAGAAUCUUUAUGGUGUGGCUCAUUACUCACAGUAUAAAACCAAUCCAGAAUGAGGAGAGUGUGGUGCUUUUUCUGGCCGCGUGGACUGUGACAGAGAUUACUCGCUAUUCCUUCUACACAUUCAGUCUUCUGAACCACUUGCCAUACUUCAUUAAAUGGGCCAGAUACAAUUUUUUUAUCAUCUUAUAUCCUGUUGGAGUUGCUGGUGAACUUCUCACAAUAUAUGCUGCCUUACCAUAUGUGAAGAAAACUGGAAUGUUUUCAAUAAGACUUCCUAAUAAAUACAAUGUCUCUUUUGACUACUAUUAUUUUCUUCUUAUAAUCAUGGCUUCAUAUAUACCAUUGUUUCCACAACUCUAUUUUCACAUGUUACGUCAAAGAAGAAAGGUGCUUCAUGGAGAGGUGACUGUAGAAAAGGAUGAUUGAAUGACUUCUACAAACAUGGUGCUUUUUCCAGAACAACCAGGAUCACUCGAGUCCAAGUUUUAAUAACAAGAAUAAACAACUUCAUGAAAAGUUACAGAUUGUAUUAUUUCUUCAAAUACAACUUGAGACACGUGGUAUUUGUCAGUAUUUGUCUUCACAUUGUGCCAGGUCCAUUUUCUAUAAGAACUAUACAAAUGUUUAUCAACUUUUGGGUAGGUGAUGAUCAUUAAGAAAAUGAUUGGUAUUUUAUAGCACCUUAAAAAACCUUUUGUUUUUUCUUUUUUAGUUUUAUAAUUUUUUGCAACAUAUGCUCAAAGCUUUUUAAAUCAAUAUUUAGAAAUUAGUUUAGUGAUUUAACAUUAUAUGCCUGCUGUGAUAACCUGUGAUAUUUAUAAAUGAAAGUAAAUGCAGAAUUAUAAUAACUUCUUAAUAAAUGUAUUAGUGUUUCUUGAACCUAAGAUCUAUUUUUUCAAGCUAUAAGGGAGCAUUUUGAUUACUAACAAUUUUUGGAAGUAUGGAUAUAAUUGCUGUUGUGAGACUUUAGAUGUAGACGUCACAAUUGGAAAAUAUACUUUGGAAAUAUGUCUAGGCCAUUGAAAUUACUUAUACUACUAAGCAUCUUUAUCUUUAUCUAUUUAUCUUUAUUUGAAUUAGCCAUUCAAGGAUAACCUCUUCAAAUCCAAGGGUUUUAAGUAAUUAGAAACAACAUAAGUAUAUACUUUGCCUCACUUGGUGAGGCAACCUGGUGACAUUAGCUGUGUUUAUAAUGUUACACUCAGAACUCUGGCUGAGAAAGGCUGCUCUGUAGCGUGGAAUUAUCUAUCGAAAUCAUGUUAUGAUCAUUUUUUUGUGGUGCUGAGAUACAAGGAAGUUUUGGGCUAUGGUCUGAAACCAGACUCCUUUUAUCUGAAUUUCACUGAAGAACAGAAGUCUUACAACAAAGCUCCUGUCUACAUAUUUAAUAGAAAAAUACACCGAAAGUAUACCUUCAUACUGUUUCAAUUCUUAAGUAAUCCCUUAAGAAUUUUCCCCUUAUAUUAAGGUUUGCUUUUUACUGACCCAGUUUAGAGAGAAUACUAGAUAUGUGACUUAAAAAGAAAAGGAACUAGUACCUGCUCUAAUAUGUAGGUGUAAUUGUGGCUUUAUUUGCUCUACAUUGUUUACAUUUACAUCAACAUGUAACAUUGCACUUCAAAAUUUUGUCAUCACCUCCUUUUCAAAUGUUUUCACAUCA